AUGGGUUUAACAGAAAUAGCUCUUGAGUUAUACAACGAUAUCGACUUCAACGACAAGAAGUUUCAGACGUCUUUAUUUUUCAUUAUCUUCAAUCCACUAUACUGGAAUUUUGGUGCUCGUUUGGAAUACUACACAAAGAUUCUAUCUACUCUCUGUUUUGGCUCUAAGAAAUUGGCUGUUUAUGUUUUUUCAUUGACAGUUUUUACAUUAGGUAUUUUUAGAGACGAGAUUUAUAGGGCUGCUCUCACCGACCAAGCAACAUCUCCAUACCUUGAUAAUGCACUUUUCAAACUUUUAGGUGUUGGAUUCUUUGGUUACGGUGGUGUUUUGGUCUUGAGCUCCAUGUACAAAUUAGGUAUUGUGGGCACUUAUCUCGGUGACCAUUUUGGAUUUCUUUUUGAUGAAAGAAUUGUCGAUUUCCCUUUCAAUGUCUGCGACAAUCCAAUGUACGAUGGUUCCACUCUUUGUUUCUUAGGUACUGCUCUUUUUUAUGCCAAGCCGGCAGGUCUGUUUGCAUCGGCAUUAGUUUACACUAUGUACCAAAUUGUCUUAUUGAUUGAAGAACCUUUCACUGCAAAGAUUUACUCCCAAAGAGUGCAAAAACAAAAAUAA